AUGAAGUUUAUUGAACUGAAAACAGCUCAUUUCGUAACUUCAAUGUUACUACUCCUGAUUUGUGAAGGUGAGUAAAUUGGACGUUAACUUUUAUCUUUUGCCUUAUGAUGAUGUUGUUAUAACUUGAAUUGAAAAGAUGAGAAGACUUCUGCAUUUGUUUAAAUUGUCGUUCAAAAGCACUAGGCUUAACUCUUUUAAAAUUAUUAUUACAGCAAAAUUUUCAUUCGGUAAAUAACACCAUAUUUUUAUUAAAAUGGGCGCACUUUGUCACUGAAGCAAAACAAAACAGCUUUAGAAAACCUUUAAAACAUUUCUUUUAUGCCAGUGUUAUUUUAUUAUUUGUUGAAUUGUGAACGUUGAAGUAAAAUUAUACAAAUAUUAGGAAGGAGAAUGGCUGGGGCCACGCGACAUCUAUUCACGAUGGCUGCUAUAUUUGAUAAUUAGCCACCAUGCAUAGCGUUUGUGUCGUUUAGAAUUUUUCGUUGUCGAAACACAAAUUUGAACAUUGGAGACCUUUAGAUUCUAAUAUAAGGACGAACGAAUACCAGGACGAAAUUUUCUCAACACUAAGCAGUGCGCGCGCGUGAAACAUCGUCAUUUUGGCGGGAAAACGUGAUAGCCGUCGUCAUUCUACUAAAGGGUUUUUAAAUAAAUAAAAUAAUUAAAUAUACCGUUCAUUUGCCACAUUGCAGAAGUAACUGAAUUAAAGGGCUAUAAAUUAACAAUCAACAAAUAAUUAACACUACUACUACUAUAGAAACAAUAAAAAUAUCUUAAAUAACUAUUUACAUAUUCACAUAUUUACUAGCGAAUGAAAUAAAGGAACCUGAACGCUGGGUCCGACAACAACUCCUAUCAGCGUAAACAAUAUUUCUAUUGUUGUCGCUGGCCCGCAAGUUGUAACUAUGACUACUAAUUGCUGUUCUCGGCUUGAGGAAGUUAAUAGGGUGGUCAUUUUGAGUCAUCUUCUAAAUAUAUUUACAGCAGAGCUGAGUUCGUCUUUCUUUCAAGCUGCUCUAAGUAACUAUGGCAUGGAUGGAUAAUAUAUGGUGCCCUUAAUUUCUUAAAAUUGACUCCAGUUUAUGUUAAAGAAAUUCAGGAAUAUCUUGCCAUUUGCACGCCAUAUUCUAGUAUAGGUCAGUAUUAUUGUCAAGUAAACUUUGAGAAUUCUCUCUCUAUUAACACCCACUUUUUAAAGAAUCCUCAGGGAAUAUAGGCGUUUCGAAGCUUUUUUCGAUAGGUAUAAUCAAUAUGCUAGUUCCACUUUAAAUCAUUCCUGAUAAUAAUACCGAAUAAUUUAUAAGUUGUUACACAUUCAACUGUGUUGUUACCUAGGACAGUUGGUCUUGUAGUAAAAUUAUCUACUUGCAAUAUUAAAAAAAAAAAUUUAAAAAAAAAUUUUCAUUUUGCAUGAAGUUAAUUAACAUUUCUUUGCACUUUUUGGCAAGAAUGAAGUGCCAAAAACAAGUUAUCAAAUGUUAGAAAUCUUAUCAUUUUCCAAUCGGGAGAGGACUCAAACUUUAGCACUAAGAAUACCACGACAAUCGACUUAGUUAACGCCAUGCCUUUUUAAUUAUUUGCCAGUGCCAAAAUACUAGGCCUCAAUGCCUCUAGUGAUUUGAAAUGGAACUGUCACAUUGAUUCCAUUAUCAAGAAACCUAAGAAGCGCCUGUAUAGUUUAUCUCAUGAUCAGCUUAAACGCUCUGGCCUAAUUACACGGGAGCUAGUUCAGUUUUUCUGCACUUGCAUUUGCCCCGUCACGGAGUAAUGUAUGCAUGUCCUGCUUUUCACGACAGUCUUCCCGCUUAUCUCUCCAAUGAACUUGAGGGAGUGCAAAAGUGGGCCAUGAGCAUUAUUUUCCCUUUCUGCCCGUACGAAGUGUCUUUGGUUGAAUCAGGCCUAACUAAACUUUCAGACCGCCGCCAGGAACUUUUAGACAAACUUAGUAUUUAAGAAAGUCGUACAUAUCAAAGAGAAUAAACUCCACAGCCUUCUCGCUGAUCUAAUACCUCUAGAUCGAACCCCCAAGAACACACGGAAAUUUAGGCCCGUUUUUAAGACGAACAGAUUCCGUAAUAGUUUUAUUACUUCCAACGCCCUCAAAGUUUAAACUGUGUUUCCGAUCAUAGUUUUAGAAGUUUCGAUUGCUUUUUAUCAUGCCGAUUUUCAUUUUUUAUUUUUUAACAAAUCAUAAUUUUCCUGUGGUGUAUUCAUGUAUUGUUUUUAUUAUUCGUUUCUUUUUUUCAUUUUUUUUUUUAUAAAUUAGCUUAUUAGUGGUAGUCUUUUUAAAUCUGUUAUCUUUCCGAGUUGAACUGUUUUUCAAUCGUAUGGUUUUCUAUAAGAGCAUCCGACAAGCGCAAAUUGGAAAAGAAUGCAAGAGAAAGGCUUGCGAGCGGUAUUUAAUGACAAUACAUCAAGUUACGAGAGCUUGUUGAAGAAGGCAACCCUACCAACUUUAUAUAACAGAAGACUGCAAGAUUUGGCAAUUUUGAUGUUUAAAGUUAAAAACGGAAUGUCUCCAGAUUAUAUUUCUGAGCUGUUUCAAAGAUCGGACACUACGUAAUUCAGUAACUUUAUGAUUCCUAGAUUUAACACGAUAACUUUUGGUAAAUAUUCUAUAAAAUAUCUUGGUCCGUAUCUAUGGCGUAAAUUACCGAUAGCCUUAAGAACGUUAACUGAAACUGAUAAAUUUAAAAGAAAAAUUAGGGAAAGUGAUUUAGCCGGUCACUUGACGGAAGACAAAUAUAGUUCGGAAUGUUGUCGGAAUGCACCUUAUGCAGCCUCGUACCCAGGCCAGUUCGCGGUAUCCGAGUUACCAAAGGAGGCUUGGAAACGAGUGCGAUAGCGCGAAGCCUUCCUCGGUGAAUUUUCCAGACAAGCUUGACAGGUGACGUCACAUCCGAAAUCGCCGUGGACGACUGGGAACGAGGCUGCACCUUAUGUAGUUCUUAAAUCUUUCUUGCUUUGUAUAUCUAGCCGGAUUUAUGAACACCGCACAAGCUGGCUCCUCGAGGCCGCACACCUUAAACUGACUCAACUAAAGUAAAUAUCAUACAAAGAAACUGAGGUUCUCUUAAGGUGACUCUCUUCUUAGUUUCUGAUUAGCAAAGAAACAUCACAGUCCAUCAAAAGACACUCUCGACUUGACCAUACACUCUAGCUACUCCCAAGGCUCUACAUGACAGAGGAUGCUUGAGACUUAAGCAAGUUUCAAGCAGAGAAUUCAAGGCCACAUCACCCCCCUGACUCCGCCCCCCAGCCUAGCACGUGCUUGGGGGGAGUGCUUUCAUUGGCCAAUGGGCCUCAAACAUUAAAAGAGUUUGACACGACAAACUUAAGGAAGACCCUGAUGCGUGCACUGACUCUCCCAGAGCAAGACUAACGGACAGUACCACGCUUUUGCAGCACCCUUUCCCCCUAGGGGUUGACAUGGAGGCCCCUUCCCACCAAAUGGCGAGUUAGCUCAGAGACUGAGCUUGACAAUGAGACCAACCAGGACGGCAAGCCCCCUAUGUUUAUGCUCACCACAGUGACCAGAAACCUGGCUAUUGCCAGUUUCUUUUCGAAUAUUCCGGUCCGUUAUCAGAAUUGUUUUCCAAAAUUCGGCUAGAUAUAUGAAUUACUUAUUUAUCUAUUUAUUUAUUCAUUUAUUAUUUAUUUUUUCUUUUUAACUGUAAAUAUUUGAUUUUUUGCUGUAGAUAUAUAUCUUUUUAUUUCAUAGUGUCGACAAUUAGCUUCACAUCUAAAGUACCUGACACUUGAAUAAAGUUUAGUAGUCGUCGUCGUCGUCGUCGAGUUUAGUAGUCGUAGUAGUAGUAGUCGUCGUCGUCUUCGUAGUCAUAGUCGUAAUCGUAGUCGUAGUAGUGGAAGUAGCUAGUAGCAUUUUUAAGUAAUCGUAAUUAUUUGUAACGCUAAUCGCCUAAUUCAACCUCUCAGUUGAGAUGUAAGUAAACUGUCUAUCUAUCUAUCUAUCUAUCUAUCUAUCUAUCUAUCUAUCUAUCUAUCUAUCUAUCUAUCUAUCUAUCUAAAUCUUAAAGUUAAUUGUUGUCCUCGUAAUCGUGCUCGUCCUCAAAUGUAAAGGUUUCUGUAUAUACACGGUUCCAGGGUUUAGUGUUUCAUACUGAAAACCUCGCAGAGACUCCCAAUUUGACUCAUGAUAAUUAAAUAGGUCGUUCCUUUGUUCAGCGGUAUCGCAAGAUAAAAUUUCAAGUUCGCGUGGACAAUUUUGGCUUUAGUACAGUUUGGUUAAGUAAUUAAUUAAAAAAACUAAUUUGUGCUCAAGAAGCUAAGAGAUUAAAGUUAGCAUCUGAACUAAAAUCUACAUAAAAAAACAACCAAGUUAAACUACAAGCCGUUCUAUAUAGAUCAUGAAAACAGUCACAUGCCCAUUGCAAUAAUUUAUGUAACGAACAAACCACUGAAGGCGGAGAGAAAUAAUUCUUAAGCCCCAAGCAAACGGAUAUUACAUUAUACAGUUAAUGUCAGAUCCCGAGGGAAACAAUUAGUUUUGUUUUCCGUCGAGUCCUGAUGUUCCCCGAGACGAAGUCAAUAAAAAAAGAAAAAGAAAACUGACAGGACCUGGCAGUGUUUUUCCCGCCUUUUGUCACGCCCCUUUCCACCAUGCUUUGAUCACGUGCUGUAAUGUAUAGCCCGAGCGGGGUACAUUGCUUUCCACCAUGCUUUGAUCACGUGCUGUAAUGUAUAGCCCGAGCGGGGUACAUUGCUUAAUGUAUCACGAUCGGGAUACAUUGGAUUUUAGUCAAGACCACCUGACCAAGAAUCAACCAAUGGCACGCCCUGUUUAGUUGAGUGAAACUCUAGGAAUUUAACAAUGUUGGAUGUUACAUGUUGCGUCCGUUUGCGCAUCCUUUUGCAUGUUGUUGCGUGUUGCUGGGAGUUGUUGCGCAAAGCUUGAAGCGGGUCAAACUUUUAAGCCAACAACUGCCAACAUUUCUUUUGUUUCUUGAUCACCAAAGCGUAGCACAACAAUGCUGAAUCCGGCCGUUGGAACAUGUUGGCGCCACGCACGCGCGUUUCACAUGGCCUACAAAGUCUUAAGGUUGUAUCCUUCCCAAGAUGCACUGCAGCCGGUCCCAACAUUAUUGGAAGUUGUUGCACACCUGUGCCAACACAGACGCGAUAAUUCCCAACAUUCUUGGCCCAACAGCAAUGUUGAGAAUGUUGGGAGUUGUUGGGUCCGUUUGUACGUAGCUUUAGUAAAUACGAAAGCAGCCGCGUAGCAAAUGCAAUACUCACAAUAGCAAACUUGAUCAUUCUACUGCGGUGAAUGUCAUUGGAUUUAGCCUCUAAAAAUAAUGCUAACGCAGACUCUUUACUACUGCUUGUCUUCUGUGUACGUACAUCACUGUCAUGUUUCCAAAUUCCUUGUUUAUUAAAGCUAAUAUCAUGGCAGGUGUCCAUAUUAUUGUUUAUAUUGAAGCUAAAAUCAACAGCAACAACAAUGUUGGCUGUGCGGUAAAAUGAAACUGUACAUAAUGGCAAGGUUUAAUUCUAAAUUGAAAGUCUUUAUUUAUGUAAUUACAUCCACAAAUUCAGUUAAAAAGAAGAAACAUUUUACUUUAAAGACUGCGAUAAAUUGUUACAGUAAAUUGAAUCCAUUUUAAGAAAUAAUCCAUAAUAAUAAAAAUAGUUAAAAACACACGGCAUUUCGACGUUCUCGAAAGUCGUUAUCAAGUCAAAUGAAAACGUACUGUUAGGUUUUAAAUAAAUACAAGGAAAAAAUAAACAAUCGAUUAUCAAAAAGAAACCUAACAUAUAAGAAUAUGUUAUAAGUUGAUAGAAAAAGCUUAUCACUCUUACAACCUUAAUAGUUGUUAGCGUUGGGGGGGAGUAGGUUUGAACGUGGCCGGCGUUGACUUGAACCUCUCAAGGCAGCGCUCAAUAACAAGAAAGAGGCAUGGGAAAUUUAAGGUGGAAAACCAAUUACCAAUGAACCAACUACUUGACUGAAACUUAGGACGCAAGCGGAGGGACAUCCUCUCUUUUUUUGCUGGGUCUUGCUUUUUAUUUACUUUAAUUAGUUUCUAGAAUGCAGACUACUGGUAAAGAUUUAAAUGGCGUUAACACGCUUUUAUAGACAAGAGGGUGGACCAAAGAUGGAAAAUCUCCAAGUCGCUUUUUUCUUUGUUGUUUUGUUGUUAAUGUUUAAAAUUUUGUGUUGGAUUAAAACAGACACAUAAAAACUGAUCAGAUCUUCUUCGGAUCCCAUGUUCUGCGUCAUACUCGUUCGGGUCCUUUUAAGUGUAUUACUUUUUGGAUAAAACAGCAGGAUUGGAUGUCAGCAUUAUAUAAAAAGUACCAAGUCAUCAUAAUAAUGAUGAUAGCAAUAAUAAUAAUAAUAAAAAUAAUAAUAAUUAUUAUUAUUAUUUAUUAUUCAUAAUUAGUUUAUUAUUAAGAAAUGUAUUUGGGAAAUCGUUAUUUAUGAUCAUUGCCAAUUUUUCAUGAUAUAUGCUACAGUUGUUAGGGUUAUAUCUUGGUCAAUUUUUAUUUCAAAUAUUUCUGUAAAUUAUAUACAUAUUUUCAAAGUUAAAUAAACAUAUUUUUAUCCAAAAAUUAUAAAAAUUAUUAUUAUUAUUUUAUUCUGUUUUUCACCACCAUUAGAUGCCUCAUAAAGGAUAUUUGCCUGCAACGAAUUGUCAGUAUCAAUCUUUUCUAUUUAACUUGCUUGGCAUUCAACCUACUUCUAAUUAACAUAAUUAUAUAGCUUGUCGAGGUCCAUGAAACUUUGUUGUUUGUAAGCCAGAAUAUAGAUGGGUUUUUAUCUUCUACUAAUAAUGUCAAAUUUGUUCCUCCUGAUUUGUGAAGGUAAGUAAAUAGGAAGUACUGAUGUUUACAUGUGUCGGGAAAGGUGUCCAUGUAUCAAAAUUGAAUUUAACCUGAAUAACAAACAUUCGUUUUUUUAUUGUUGUCCGUCUUCCAUGAAUCUUUGUCCAAUGAAAAUAUUCCCGGUUGUACACUUGAACUCUUAAAGCUCUUGUGCUUCUAGCUUUAAAUACAAUGACUCAGAGCGAUCAUGAAGUAAUAACUUUUUCUGGUUAAUAUAAAAACUGUGACACACUUUGUAAUAUCUGCUUUUAGUAUUAACAUUCAGGUAAUUGACAACUAGUAUAUAAAGCGUAAACCACAGUUAAAUUUACCACAAGGCAAAAAAAAUUUAAUUUGUAACAACAUUAACUGCGAAAAUAUUCCCGGUUGUACGCUUGAACUCUUAAAGCUCUUGUGCUUCUAAGCUUCUUGGCGGAAGCCUCACGGUAAAAUGUUUUUCUUUUGUAAUUUACGUGUAUUUAUUUAUUCAUUUUUUUAUUUCUUUAUCGAUUUUUUGAAAAAUGCUGCUUUUUGGUAAUGCUAAAAAUUCGAGUCUCUAAGGAUCCAAGGAACAGUUUUUGAAACGUUUUGAGGACUUUUGUCAAAUAUCUGGCACGUUUUAGUGGCGUUUCUCCGCCAUGCAGUGAACAACUUGCAAUAAACUCAGUCAUAAUAACGAUCGAAAGCAUAAGGCUUGGUUGUUGUUUGCAAAGCUUAUUUUAAGUCGGUAUCAUCUUCUUUAGAGAGUUAGAGUCAGGUGACCCAGUUUAAUUUUCAUUUUAGGGCUUCUUCAUAUGAGCCCGGUUGACCGGUCUGGCCCAGUUUCCGAGAUCUCACCGUACCUCUAAAUCCUUUGUAAAAUUUUCGAUGUGUUCAUAUGAGAGGGCGGGCUGGCUCGAUUCUUAGCUGGAUCUCGUUAUUAAAGUGGGCUGGAAAUUUUGCCAUAUGAACAGUUCAGCCCGGUUACCGGGAUGAAGUUUUCGAAUGAAUUCUGCAUCGUCUUGCUUUGCCUUUUGUAUUUUCCACAUCAUAAGCAUCCCAUUUGACAUCAGUGAUACAGCUACAAGAGUUGCUAAAGUUAUAAUAGGCCGAAACUUAUAACUUUGUGUUUCGCCAUGUAUGCUUUUUUUCUCGAAUUUCGCGUCACAACUCGUCUUCGGCCUUUUGUCAUCUCGGAAACCGGGCUGAAAAUUCUCGUAUGAACCCAGAAGAUGACAUUGGUAACGGUAAGCGGACCAGCCCUGUCAACCGGGCUCAUGUGAAGAGGCCCUGUCUGUUCCAAAUUAGGUAAAGAUCGUAGGACGACGAUCAAUUUCAUAUCCUUAAAAUACACCUGAAAUAGUGUCAUGAUGGUAUACCUCAACUUGUAAUUUAUCCUGAGUCGGUCAUUCUAAGUUUUCCUCAUAAAUUACAUUGGCCUUCGGAGUAAGUAGGUGUGCUGAGCGGAAUUUUCCAGAUAACGGCAGCUUUGUACAAAGUAUUGUUUUGAAUAAUGCCAAAAUGCUGGGUUUGACACCCCUCCACGAAACUAGUGUCUCACCAGUGCAGGAGCGAUAUAAUUUAUAGCCGAUCUUCAGUGAUUAUAUACAAGCCAGGAAUUUUUAAUAAAACUUGCUAACGAUUAGAAAAGGAGUUACCAAACAUCAUUAUAUAUUAUUUGUUUAUUUUUUUUAUGAACAUAGUAAUUACCAAGAAUAUAAUUGCAGAUUCUGCCUUGCGGUGUAACAUUUGCGACUCUGAGAAAUCGUGGAAUCACUGCGAGGAAAACAGAAUUAUUGUUGAUUGUUCCAGUGCGGACCCAGAUUUCGACGUUUGCUUUAAAGUCCAUAUAGCUGCGAAGAUGGCAGAUAACUCUGAGAAGCACUUCUACAGAAGAGGAUGUGGGUAUCAAGAGUUAUGCAGUGGCGAGCAAUGUAAAAACGGAGACAGGUGCGUAGUGAACUGCUGCAAUACCGACAACUGCAAUGCUUCGUUGGUGGUAAAAGCUUCCAUCUACUUGACGUAUUCGUUAGCUGGAAUAUCCAUCUUCUUCCAUUUGCGUUAA